AUGAAGUCGGUGGUCGAAUCUCACGUCACAGUGUACCUGUGCAAACGCGCCAGAGAAACACGAGAAAUUUCGGUCAUCGGCGGUCCGGCUUUGACAAUCGACGGAGUCAUUGGCAUCCUCUUGCUACCCUCGCUGCAGCAUCACCUGGCACAUCACGAAUCCCACAUUGGCAACUAA